AUGGAAGUGUCGAGCUUGGAAGAAGAAAAACAAAUAGAUUCAAUUGAAAAUAUGUUCAAAGAAACUAAUCAACAAUAUGAACAAGAAAAAGAUAAAAUUGUUGGUUAUGAUUGUAUUUACCUAUAUGAAAAUAUUCAUAUUAAAAUUGAACAUUAUUUAUCAAAUCAAACUUGGAAAAUAAAUAAUCAACAAUCAAAUUAUGAAAAAUAUCAAAAUUUAAAUAUUUUAUUAGAAGAUCUUAAUUAUUCUCGAUGUAUACAUCUUGAUCAACAAAUUCAAAUAAUAAUUAAAAGAUUUGAUAAUUAUUUUCAUGAAUUAAAUCAAACAGAACAAAAUCAACAUAAUCAUAAUAAAACAUCAACAUUUUUCAAAUUGAAACAAGAUGACAAAGAUCAAUCAGAAAAUAAUAAUCAUAAUCAAUUAAAUGAAUUAUCAAUUAAUAAUAAUAUAUCUAUAGAAUCAACUAUUUAA